CUACAAAAGUGCAAAACAAACUGCUGCAAUUUUUUAAUAUAAUUUCUCUUGCUUGGCGCGAAUUUUGCUGAAAAGAAAUGAAUGGAACGCGAAAAAUAAAGUCGCUUAAGACAAUACGAAUGGGCGACGUAUUGUACGAUGAGCAAAAACGCCUUAUGAUACUUUGCCGCGGCUGCGAACGAAAUUUUAUGACGUUCCAAUCGUUCCAAAAUCAUCUUAAGGAUUGCUCGGCACUAAAAUAUAUAUUAAAGCCGGCCGAUAAGUUAACAUACGACGAGUCUAAGCGGGAAAAGAGGCUGGUAAAUAGUCGACAAGAGAAUCCCAAUAAAAACCUCCACUCUUGGCAGCUCCACAUCUACGACCUUGAGGCGGUGAGGAAUUCUAAUAAUGCUAGCAGUGCAAUUGACUGGGAGGCGGAGCUGGAGGAUCCACGCUGGUACACUGACCCUAAACCCACAGUACAAGCCAUCCCGAAAGCCAAAUCCAAAGAAAAUAUCGUAAAGGAGUUUUUGGUUCAGCUGAGCGAUGAAUCACCUGAAACUGAAGGAGUGCCUGCAAAACGGCUGCGUAGUCACAACACCACCCGCCGUCCCAUCCUGACUACCCAGCAGCAACGAAGGACACGUAGCAGCCUUUCUUUGCCUCAGAAUCCCACGGCUAAGACGAAAAAGGACACUAUUUUAGUUCCUAAUGUGCUGGAUGAGCUAAAGCGCCUGGAGGCGUCAACCAAAAAGGAGAAGAAUCCACUUAUAGAACCAGAAAAAUCAUCUCGUUUGCCACCUUCUUGGACAUCGCAACUACCUCCUCAACCGCCAUAUCAGAAACCUUCACCCAGGCUAUCUGAGAUGCAAGCUCCACGAAGAACAUCUGAGCAACAAGCUCCAUCUAGAACAUCAGAAAAGCCAGAACCUCCUAUAGAAACCAAAGUGACUCCUCUGUUUGAGGACUCAUCCAUAGAUGGCACCCAGAAAAUCCUCAAUAAAUUGAGAGCUUGCGGUGUCGAGGUUAAACGGGGAAAUACACGCAUGAAUCCCACUCCCCCAAACGAACUAAGUCCAGUCAAAAACCAACAGACCCUGGAUAUUAUGCGAAAACUGCAAUCCAAGGGUAUUAGAUGCACCAAAGUUAAAAAAUCGUAGUGCUGAUAGAUGUAAUUGCUUAGCUUAAAUAAUGGUUUUACAAUUAAAAUUGCACAAGAGGCAAAACUAAUAUUA